UGCUUCGACGACCGACCGUGCAAAAUUGAGGUUAUGUUUGGAAUGGAAUUGUCAGUCAUGUAGGAUUUUUUUAAACAGAAUAAUGGCUUUAGUUGUUCGUUCAAUUGAAGAUGUAUUUAAAUCUUACAAGGAAUGGGUUUGUAAGAAUCCUCAAAGAAUUUCCGACAUAGAAACAGCUGUAAAAUGGAUAUCUUAUGCGCUUGCAGGCAAAGUGAGUGACUCAGCAAUUUUGUCUGAGCUGGUCUACUGCAUCUCCAACCUGUGGGCGCUGGUCAACGACCAGAUAAUCCUCAACGACAAACUGCGCAGGCGCCCUGAUGCCGGCAACUCCAUCAAAACAUGGCUGACAGUCCUCGAGUACUCGGAGGUGUUCGUCGAGUUGUCCGCUCGCCAGGUGUACGGCGAGAAGGGCAGGUGGAUACUGAUUGCUACCAUACAGGCGUUCAAAUGUGUCCUACGACUACUGUUGGUAGUGCAAUACAAGGAGACAGUGUUGCCAACUCCUCCGCUAGAGCCGCUCAAACGCCAGGACUUCGUUGACGAUGACAACCAGUGCAGCCAACCCACCAAUAAUGCAUUUGCACUGCGCUCAGGACGUACUAUCAGAACUGUAACUUCUGCACAAGACAUGAGCAUGAGAACCUGGAAACCUCCGGCAGCAUCUUCAGUCAAAAGCUCCGCUGCGGGUAGAAGUGGAGCUUGUAACGGGGAAGCAAGAGAAUUAAUACUGAACGAGGCUCAAAAAGUUGGAGAAACCCUGUUUAUUCUGAAGCCUCUUCUGCAUUUGGGCUCUAUGUACGUGCAUGGUACCAAAUCUUGGGCUCCUUGGACCUACUCUUUUCUAUUGGAUUUGAUAAGUCUGGCACUUCUAGACGACUCUAAAAACAACGGCAACCUACAGCAGUCGGCGCAUGCGCACAUCAUAGCUCAACGCAAACUCAGCAUGAUUCGCUACCUGUUUCGGUCGCCUUUCUAUGACGCCAUCACUCGUCGCCGACUGGAGCGAACUCUGACGGCGGUUGCUGAAACUGUUCCUCUCACGCGACUAGUGGCCGAACCGCUCAUUAGGUAUCUGCCGCACUGGCAGGAGACCUAUUACUAUCUGUGGUCCUCGUGAACUGUGGUUAAAUCAAAACCAAUCUAUUUCUCAUACUUUUUUGAAGAAUGUAGGGCGGGUGUGGUACGUUGCAACGGGAAAGUUUGAAAUAAUGUUUUUUUCACCAAUAAAUUCAUAAAACUGAUAUAAAAUUCACAUUAUAAAAUCAGUGGAAAUAACGUGUCAAAAUGGAAAUGAUAGGACGACAGAUUUGCCAAUUUUCUCUUGCCACCGCCUCCUAUAGUAGAUUUCUGGUAGUAUAGUAAAGCUACGUAUAAAAUAAUCUGGAAUAGAACUAGAUUUUUUUGAGGUAUCUAGAGUAGCACUGCAGAGUGUGGUCUAUCGAUACAUUAAUCUGAGAUAUUUCAAAUUGAAUAUGAGAAGGAAUGUUAAAUAAACGAAUAUUGUACAGUUGAGUUGGUUGAGUUGAGGCCUUGUAGCUCUAUUAGGUAUUGGAUUCAUUAAUUAUUAUAUCUAAUGCACGGUUGAGGGCUAUCACCCAAAGAUUAAGUGGAGGGAUUUUUAUACUUCAUUCAUAAAUCUUUAAUAGAUAUGGUCUACCUAUCUGUGAAUUUUCUUCUAAGAAUAGUGUUGAUAUCCUAAUAUUUAUUUGGUCAGUAAUCAUCAUCUUCAUAGUGGUAGGUGUAGGCUACUUUAAUAAUAUAUGAAUAUAAGGGUUUUCAGUGAAUGAAUUUGAAAAAUUCGUCAAAUCAAAAAGGUAUUAGGUAAGAUUUGUGUAAUUUUGUUUUAUGUGUUUGUUAUAAAUGUUUUCCACGACAUUCCAAAUGUCAAAAAAUGGAUGGUUUUUUGAUGAUUCUUUUGAGGUGAUAGGUGCUUAUUUAUUUAUGUUAUUGUUUUACGAGAAUUUUUUGAGUGUGUAGAACAUUAUGGCAUCAAAAUAAAUGAUUAUUAUUUAUGGUUAAUAAACAUUUCAUAUGUAUUAUUGAUAACACAAAAUUUGUUGAAGAAACCUUGACAUUUUGGAAUCUCUUCAGAGUUUGAAGGAAUUGGAACUGACAAUUCCACUUACAGAAAUCCAAAUUGUUACUUCCACUAUUGUAGAUUUUAAAAUGCCAGUUCUUACAAUCAAUUCCGAUAAGUUUCAAAUAAUGUUUGAUCAAUUGUGUAACAAUUAUUUUUCCAAAAUUAUAAUAAAAAAAUAUUAUAUUUAUUUAAAUAUAUUAUUAUAUUUUCAAAAUUGAGCAUCAACAUACAAUAGAAACAAUAAAAACACUUCACUUGAAUGGGCUACUUUUUUACAAAUUUAUAAGAACAAUUUAAAGACUUGUAGUACCCUUUAUUAUUUAAAAUAUUACGACUAGUUUCGACCUUAAGUCACUUUCUUAGUCUUUUCUAACUUAGGUCAUUUUCAAGUUGAAACUAAUCGUUGUUAUAUUUUAAAUAAUAAAGGGUACUACAAUUUUUCAUAUUGUUAUUAUUAAUAGAAACAAUGUAUGCCAAAAACUAACUUUACUAGCUAUUAUGGCAACUAAAAAUUUACGAAACAAACAAUCAAUUUUUUUUUCAAACUUCUGGUUAUCUGUAUUUUAAGAGCUUGUAAAUUUGUAGGCCUACUAGCCUACAACUUUUCCGUGAUAUACUUAUUAAAAGAUGUAUUCUUACACUUUUUUCUAUGUAUUUAAAACACGACAUGCAGUCAAAUAUUAAGUAAAUAAUUUAAAACUUUUACUUACUGUCUAAAGUACUUUCUUUACCGUCUAGCGAUCAUUUUCAACAGUCAAUUAUUCUUCCAACACAAAUUUAGUUAGCUCUUCGCUCAAUGAAAUUGGUAUUAUUUAGUGAUAUAAUCCUGCAUUAACUAUUCAAUGAAUCAAAUUGUUCAUUACCAAUAUAAAAUUUUGCGAAGAAUCUGUAAGUUAUGUCUUGAACUCAAAUAUUCUUUAAAUAUAAGAUUAUUUAUUCUGAAGUUAAACGUAAUUUCAAUAACUUUAUUCAUUAUUUUAACUUGUUUUGUUAAUUAUAAACUUCCAAAGGAAAUACGACUAGAAUAUAGUAUAUUCAGAGUAUUAUUUACUAAAUGAUUUGAGUCUUAUAACUGAGAUAGUUCAAUUUACGUUCAAUUUAAGUUCAGUUUCGAUACUCAUGGCUUGAGAGCAAUGGCCUGAGUUAUUAUGGAGUAACUACCUCAUCUCUGGUAAUAUUUAUCAUUGGUUAUAUUUCAAUAAUGUAUUUAUGUAUAAAGGAUAUUCACCAUCUCUUUCUACAGAAGUUGCUAAAGCCAAAUCAAGUCUAAACAUUUUGAUAUGAUUAUAUUUAUAUUCCACCUGUAUCGAAGCAAUAUUAUUCAGACUUGAAAUCUCUAUAUUCACUUCAAAUGACGAGAUUUUUCCAAAUAGCUGAGUUCAAGAAUAAUCUUAUUAGAAUUGAUAUAAUAAAGCUAUUUGAAUGUCAAACCAUUAUAAAUAUUUUCCUCGUUUUUAUUUGUCUGAAUUCAAGCAAUAUUAUUGAGCCUUUGUCUCAAAAUUUCUGGUUUUUCUACUUUUAAAAAACCAGAUUUCGAUAAAUAAGUUGUUGUAUCUGUUCUCAAAAUUUAUACGAUAAAUCUAUGUGAUUGACAACUAUUUUAGGCUAUUAUAUUUUUGUAUGUGACAAUGGUGAGAAGUUGAAUAAAGACAUUAUUAUUAUUU